AUGAGCGCGGCGAGAAGGGGGAUCCUCGCCGCCGAGAGCUCGAUCGUCUUGAGGGGCGCGUUCAGCAGGGAGAAUCUCGCUGGCUCUGCGCUCGAUCCGGAGGCGUACGCCACGCUCCUGCGGCGAUGCGGGGAGCUGGGCGCGCUGGACGAGGGGAAGUGGCUCCACGAUCACCUGGCUCGAAUCGGGCUGGACAGGAGCACAUUCCUCGCCAAUCUCCUCGUCCAGAUGUAUGGCAAGUGCGGCAGCGUGGACGAUGCGCGGCGGGCGUUCCGCGCGAUCCCGGUGCCCAAUCUCUUUUCCUCCAAUCUCAUGCUCGUCGCCCUCGCCCAGAGCGGACACCUCGAUGAGGCGCGGCGGAUCUUCGAUGAGAUGCGCGAGGAGCGCGAUCACGUCGCCUGGAACGCGAUGAUCGCGUUCUACGCCAGGGCUGGGCGGUCCCGCGACGCCGUGGGCGUUCUAAGGCUCAUGGAAUCGGACGGCCACAAGCCGUCCAGCGUGACAUUCGUGGGCAUUCUGUCGUGCAUCGAUUGCCCCGGCCUGGCACGGGAGAUGCAUUCCAAGGUCGCGGAAUGUGGGUUCCAAUCGGACGUCCGGAUCGCCACCGGAAUCCUCGUAAUGUACACCAGAUGCAGUGAAAUUCCGCGGGCCAAGAUGGUAUUCGAUUCCCUGGCGGAAAGGGAUGUGGUAUCGUGGACCGCGAUGCUAGUAGCAUAUGCCCAGAACGGGCAUAUUCUCGAGGGAAAGGAGCUCCUGCGAAAGAUGCCCGUCUCGAAUCUCUUCUCCUGGAACGCCAUGAUCGACGCGUACGGACGCACCGGGAGCGUGGAAGACGCUGAGCAAACGUACAGGAAUAUGCCGUCGCGCGACCUUGUUACGGUUAACUCCAUGAUCGGCGCAUAUGCCCUGAAUGGGAAGCUGUCGCGGGCGAUGCUCCUCUUCCGUACAAUGGACGCCCAGGGACUUCGGCCAAACCGCGUCACCUUCUGCGCCGUACUGGACGCGUGUCGCAACGUGGCAGAGGCGCGGCUGUGCCACGCUUGCGCCCGUGACUGCGACCUCGCGGGCGACUGUACGGUCGGUAACGCCCUCAUCUCCGCGUACGGAAGGUACGGGAGCGUCGGGGACGCACGUCGGGUGUUCGAUUCUCUCCCGGAGCGCAAUGUGGUGUCAUGGACGGCGAUGGUGGCGGCAAAUGCCCAGAGCGGGCACCGCGGCGAGGCGGCGGCACUGUCGCGGGCGAUGGAUCUCCACGGCGUGAGCCCUAAUGGCGUCACAUUCGUCAAUCUCCUCACGGCGUGCAGCCAGGGCGGGCUCGUGGACGAGGGCUGCGAGUUCUUCGCGUCAAUGUGGCGCGAUCGCGGCAUUGAUCCGGAGGCACAGCACUACCGGUGCCUGGUGGAUCUGUUCGGGCGAGUCGGGCAGCUCCCCCGCGCCGAGGAGGUGAUGGAUCUCAUGCCCUGGGAGCCCGACGCCCUCACCUGGAUCACAUUCCUCAAUUCCUGCAAGAUCCACGGCGAUGUGCGCCGCGCGGCGUCCUGCGCGGCGCGUGCGCUGGAGCUCGGGCAUCUGGCGACGCCGGUGCUCGUCAAGGGCGCCUGCGCGGGCGCUGGGCUCUGGAGGAGGGAGACGGAGAAUAUUCUCAACGACCUAGAGGAAUUUUGCUUGUAA